CGCGGCAACAGUGCACUGCGCAUGCGCCGAGAGCCAGCAGUCAGCAGUCACACAGGCAGGCGAAAAUAACCUGACUUCGUUGUUUCUCUGGUCGUCUCUAGAUUAAAAUCGUUGUUUUAUUACGUUUAAAACUCUGUGAAUUUGUUGCUUCGUAGUUUUAGGACUUGAAAAGUAGUGUAUUGUGAAGUGAGCUUUGUGUUUCGGGCAUAGAAUACCCGAACUUGAAAGUGUUAUUGUGAUUCGGCUGCGAGUUGAUGGUGGAAGGAAGCUUCUAGCCAGCGCCUGUGCCAGACUCCUACACUGAAAAACAUGGCUGCUGCUUUUGCUGUCCGUUCGCCGGCUUGUUCUCAGUUCAAACCAUCUGCGCUCGAUCGAAUUGCGUCCUAGCUGCAAUCUCAAUCUCUAACGAUUGAGUCGUCGGGGAGCAGAACGCAACUUGAAACAGUGUUUGCUAGCAAUUGAAAGCAGGUCAGGCGAUGUGCGCCGGUCGCCAAUAACGACGAAAUCGUGAAUGAACGGGUCUGUCUCCAUUGAAGUCGACGAACCGUGCCGUGCCACCUAACCUCUCUGCUGGUUCGCCCUCGCCCUCGGCACCGGCUCUUUUCCUUGCUACCGAGACGGUAAGACAUGAAACACAAACUCAACUUUCGCGAAAAAACGCUCACUAAAAUUCCAUUGGGAAGUUGCCACAGUUUAUUUUCAGUCCCUUGACCUGAACUCGAGCACCAGACAAGAAUAUGCUUGUAAAAAUUGAUUAGUAGCAAAUCUAGCAUAUCCUAAUUAUUUGACUCUUAUCAAAUAAUAGUGAUACAAUCACUUUUGCUCGAUAAAUAGCUGAGCAGACGUGUACCUCAAAGUGUUGUGAUUGCUUGUGAUAACAAAACCUAGUGAACCUGUUCAGCAGACAGAGGAUUUUCACAGGAGAUUCGUGGUUCAGCCGUUUUAUGAAGAGUGCUGACCAGAUCAUUGGAAAUUGAUGCACAUCCUAAAAGGUGAGAAGGCGGCGGAAGCGGACAAUGGAGCGACACAGGAGCAGGAGCGGCGGGGAGUAAGAGGGGGGGAGUUUGGCGCAUGGAGCGGCGUCAGCCAGUGAGGGAGAGGGAGAGGGAGAGGGAGGUGGCGAGUGUGCACCUGCCUUCGAGGACGCAGGCUGAGGCAGCCAGUGUGCACCUGCCUUCGAGGACGCAGCCCGAGGCAGCGAGCGCCGUGUCGCUGCAGCAGCCGAGGCCGCACGUUCAGCGGGCAGCCAACGAGUAUGUGGAGACACCGCUACGGGCGGCCAAGGCGCCGCCACUGCCACUGCCCCCCACUCGGCACCACCCCCACCAGCACCACGGCACCAGGGUGGUUGUCAAGCAGCCGCACAAGGAUGGGGCAGUGAGUAGGGGCGCAGGGGCAGGCCCCAGUGCCGGUGACUCGGACUGUUCGAUCAUCUGUGCCGAGUGUGGCAAGUGUCGGUGUGAGGCGUGUCGGCAGCCGCGACGUGUGCCCUCGCUAUGGCUGUGCGACAACUUUUGUCUCUGCUCGUCAGAGACUGCAGUGGACUAUGCCAGCUGUCUGUGUUGUGUGAAGGCGGCGCUCUACCAUUGCGGCAGCAAGGACGACGACUAUGACGAUGACUCGUCGUGUUCGGUGGACGACCCGUGCUCGUGUUCGCCGCACAGACGGACGUCACGCUGGGCGUGCCUCGCACUGGCCUCUGUGCUGCUGCCCUGCCUCUGCUGCUAUUGGCCGCUGCGUGGCUGCAGCAGACUCGUCGAGUCCUGCUACUCGGCUUGUUCGCAUCGUGGAUGCCGGUGCUCGCCGGCUCCACCCGCUGCACCCCACAACACGGCCUCCACACCUCUCUCCACCAGCACCAGCAGCGAAAAGAGGCUGCUACGGCCUCCAACCGACUACUAGAUCUGCUGCUGCUUUGUUCACUCUGUGAAUUUCUAGUGUUACCCUUAAUUUAUAGAUCGUAUAAAUAUUUAUAUAUAAAAUGAAUGUAUUUAUGUACAUUAUAUUCUCAUAAUAUAUUGCCACUGUGAGAUAAUAGCAUCAGUGUGGAUAAACAAAUAGCAAACCCACAAAAAAUUAUAAACGUCUAUUAUAAUUUAUAUAUAUAUGUGUAUGUAUUUGUAUGUAAGUAACUGUGUCGGUGUGUCUGUUGGAUGUGUGCGUGUGGGCGGUGUGCGUGUGCGUGUCAGAAAACCGUUUAAACCAAAUUAAUUUAUUAGUUAGCUAGCGCUAGGAGCAAGGGUCGGGCGGCUCGUCUUAAUCGUUGUCGAUAUAUUUGUUAAUAUUAUAUUGUAAAUUUGUUUUAGCCGCCCGUUCCCCCAAACUGAUUACUAUAGAUAAUCGAUUGUAUUUAUAUAAAUUUGUAAAUAAUAUUGCGUAAAUAAGGAUAUAAAUAUUUAUAGUUUCCUCAAAUGAACGUUGUUAUUAUUAUAUAUAUAUUUCCGAAACUAUAGAUUGUAGAUGUUUAAUAACUGUAAUAAAUUGAAAAUACAUCGAUGAUUCGAAAGGGAAAAGGUUGACAGAAGAUUUAGAUUAUGAAUUGAAUGGACGAUUAACUAAUUCUGCUAAAUUAUUGCUAUAACUACAAUAAAUCAAUCAAUAACAUAAAUCGAACUGUUCUGGCCACUGCAGUGCAUGGUCGCCUCACUUUAUAAGGCUGAUUCACUUUCAUUUUCCCUAUCAAAGAUAUAUUAUAAUCUUGUUGAAAUACUCUGAGAGAAAAAUAUUGUUCUGAUGUAAAAAUAUAGCUCAUAGUUUCAAUAACCCUCAAUUCUGUAUGGAUAUCUAUGAAUACAUGUUAACAAAAGCAUGUCAACACAAAUUGAUUAAUAAUUUCGAAUAAAAAUUUUAUUAUUUUGAAAUGAAUGAGUAUUUGAAAAUUUAACUCACUCGAACACAAAAGAUAAUAUCUACUGGCGUCAAUUCUAUACUAAUAUGUUUCCCAAUUUUAUUGCAUAUCCAUUAAGCUAAAAGCUUACGAUAUCCUCCAACAAUUUUAUUUCCAAUUUUUGUACCUCAGGUACGAAAAAUAAACCAUAAAUUUCAUUGUAAUGUAAUUUUCAAUAAAUACCGCAUCAGUUUUGCUAAUGGUUUCUCCUAUGAUAGCCAAAGUUUGUUGCUGGUCAAACAUCACCACGUAUGGAGUGAACUUGAAUGCUCAAACAUUUCACCUGAACUUGAAAGUCCAAUCAAAAGUUUGUGUCAAUUGUGUCGUAGUCGAUGUGACUGAGUUGCAAAUAGAUGUGUUUUAUUGUAAAUGCAAGAAUAAUUUCUGGCUGUGCUUUAUGUAAAGCAGAUUUAAUUUAAUGUGUUCGAAAUUGGAAAUUGUAUGUGGAAUCGAUUAUAUUGAGUGUGAAUCUCCAUUAAAAAUAGAAUACUCUAUUUAUACACUUUAUGUCUAAUUAUCUAUAAAAUUAAAAAGAAAAUGAGAUGAAAUAUAUACAAAUAUUUUUGUAAGAAAUUUCUAGUUGCUUAACUUCCCAUCACAUUUUAAAGUGGCAUGUUUCAAGUAUUAGCGUAUUGAAAAACAUUCUUGAUUCAAAUAGAAAGCAAUGAAUUUAUUAUUUAAUUAAAUUGUGCAUGCGCCGUUCUAAUCAGUUACUGCAAACUUAUUUUUUUUAAAUAUGUUAAUUUUUUGUAGCUAUAUACAAAAAUAUUCUGGAACUCCAAAACUAAAUUACGUAGAAUUCAUGGCCUGUUCUCUGAAUCUGGUCUGAGAUUGUUUUCUUCUUUCAAUUGUAUAGGAAAUGACAAUCUUGGAACAUGUUACUUUUACAAUGCACAAAUAAUUGCCACUGUGAACACCAUACUAAAAGUUAUUCUUCAACAAAAAUUUGAACUGUUACUCAAAUACUGUACAAAGUAAUACAUUUUUAAAUUGCAUAAAAUAAUAUUACAAAAUCAUGUUGAAUAGUUAUGUCUCCUAGUAUAAAGUAAGUGUUCUAAUUAUUAUAGUGAGGAUAAAACGUACCAGUGUUUAUGAAGAGUCAUGUUCAUGUAAUAGUUGUGAAAUAUUUUUUUGAAUGGUUCACAUGGUAUUGAUCACUCGACUGUUUACUGUAGGAUAAGAAGCUUUAAGUCAGUAAACGUGCUAGUAGAAUGAAAAUUCAAUCUUUUCUUACUAUAAUAGUUUUAGGUUCACUAACAAUAUUUUCUGAAAUUAAUAUCAGAUGACAUGCAUAAUAUUACCAGCAGUAAUGCAGCAUUUCCUUAUGUACGUCUAUACUGAGUUUCUAAUUAUUCAUGUACGUCCAUAUUUUAAAAAUGUUAUAGUUAGAUUGUACCAAGUAUUUCAAUUAAAGAAACCUUUCUAAUUGGUUCAUAUCUAUGAAUGUAAUCAUUCCAUCAAUUUCAGUGUAGUUGGAGCACGUUUCUAAUAAUAUCGUGUUUUAUGCUGUUACUAUCUGCUUUACAACCGCCAUGUCAUUAUUACCUACUAAAGUUCCACAUUUACCAAAUUCAGGUAAAACUUUGAACUGAAUAUGAUUGUUCAGUUAAUCUAGUCUACAUUUCGCCACCAUUAUUUAAUUUCUGUUUUCAAUAGUAAUAUUUUUCUCAAGAAACUUAUUCCAAAAUAUGAAAUUUCAUGAAUGGAUUUAUAGGAGAAAUUGAGGGUUGAAACAUUUUUCUCACGCACUGUUGGUGAUGCAAGAGUGACUUUUUUUAAUGGAACGAAAGUCUUCAACACAUUGAAUUUAAAUUCACGGAUAAAAUGUUUUGGCAAGCAGUGAAUGUAAAACACAUUUGAUUAACUCGUGUUUUGAUGCCAUAAAAUGGUAAUAUAAAUUUUAUUAAAUUAAUUGUUAGUUCGUUCAAAGAAUGUUGGAGCGUUUCAGUAUUAUCUAGUCUUCCGAUUUUUUUUAGGUUGAAUGCUGCAAAAUAUGAGAACGGAACUCUGAAUGUUUUGUAAGAAUGCUUUAUUUUAAUUACCAAGGAAGUUGAAGAAACUGAAUGGAAAAAUAUUAUCAAAUAAUUACUUGCUUAUUUAACUAUCACAACAUUCAAAUUUAAUUAUUGAUUUUUGUUACUCUUGGCCAUAAUUUCUUCUUAUUCCUUGGUAAUGAAAAUAACAGUGAUACUUUUUAUUUAUUUUUAUAUAUCUAUUAAUAUGUAAAUUGAUUUGAAAAAUAUUCUUUUGAUUAUCACUGUGCCCCUCAGAGGGUAAACAGAAUGUAAUUAUUAUCAAUAACCUAUCUGCUGUAAUUUGACAACAUUGUAGUUGAAAAGAUAAUAAUGCAGCUUUGUUUAUUUGUGUAAUUUGUAUAUAAUAUAAUGAUGAUCAUUAUUAUAUUGUAAUCUUGAUGAUUAUUAUUGUCUCAUAAGAAAACAAAUUCGAUGGUUAACAAAUAUAUCGUAACAGACCAAAUACAAAA